AAAUGCAAUUAACAAGAGUGAAAGAGAAAGUGCAUCCACACGGACUGAAGAUGGGGCGAUAUUACGAAAAUAAACGCCUGAAAGCGAUGGCUAUUUGCAUGUUGCUCGCCAUAACGACCUUGAUUCCGACGACCGAAGCACUGAAGCUAAAGGGUCGCAAAUCUUCCUCGUCGUCGUCAUCGUCAUCGUCAGGUCGUGUCUCGAAACCCAGCACCUCAUCCAGCUCGUCCUCUUCCAGUUACAGUAAUCCGGGCAGUCUCAGCUACAGCAACUACCAGCCGAAACCAGCCCCGAAACCAUCCGCUCCUGUCGACACCUCGAACCAGCGCAACAUCGGAUGGAACGUAAAUAGCCAGGCGAAGCCAGCAGGAUCGGCCGUGGCUAACAAACCGCCCUAUCCAGUGCAACAGAACGUUCCGCACCAAUCCAGUGCCGUGGCCAACAAGCCGCCCUAUCCGGUGCAACAGAACGUUCCGUUGCAAUCCAGUGCCGUGGCCGCGAAGCCCCCGUAUCCAGUGCAGUCGAGUGCCGCGAAGCCGUAUCCUGUACAGGCAACGCACAACACGCACCAGACUCAGUCGGCUCCUGGAGGUGCUCCUCCACCGUAUUCCUACGCACCGCCUCCGGUGUACAGCCCCGGAAACCAAGGAUUUAGGCCUGGUCAGCCUGGUUUCGGACAACCCGGAUCGUACGGCCAGCCCGUCCAUGGUCAACCGGGCGGAUUCGGUCAACCUGGAGGCUUCGGACAACCUGGAGGAUACGGACAACCCGGAGGAUUCGGGCAACCCGGAGGAUUCGGACAACCCGGUGGAUUUGGUCAACCGAUGGGAGGCUACGGAGGUGGCGGAUAUCAUCCUUCGGCAGGAGGUUUCGCAGCUCCUCACGGCACCUUCCAGGGUGGUGGCGUUGCUCCACCAGUUAACUAUGCACCGGCACCUUCUUUCCCUAUCUCGGCCAUCCCCGCGGGAGCAUACAAACCGCAGAGCUCGGGCAUUGGAGUUGGAGGAAUUGCUGCCGGCAUCGGCACGGGCCUGUUGGCCGGAGCAGCCGGAUCAGCGCUCUAUAAUGCCCUUCGCCCAGAGGACCGUGUGCAGUAUCGCGAGCGUGUCACGAUUAUUCAUAACCAUGCUGCUCCAGCGGAAUCUGCAGCUCCGGCUCAAGCGGCCGCGGCUGCUCCUGUUGCUUCUGUCCCUGUAGCCGCUCCGGUUCCAGCUCCAGCUCCGGGUGUCGCUCCAGCUAUGCCUGCUGUACCUCCAGCGGCAGGUCCCGAUGGCCAGGCUGCUGUACCUCUUGCUCCGAUGCCCGGCACGACCGAUAACUCCAAUGCUCAGGCUCCACCGGCAGGCGUUCCUGAUGCUCCGAUAAUCUUGAACCAGAACGCCACCACCGACGGACAGCAGGCAACGAAUGGAACCGAUCCCAUGGUUACCCCCGCUGAAGGACUGGUUCAGGCCGGUCCCGUCGAAACGACCACCGUCGAUCCGACUGCCAAACAGUAUAUCCCACCCCCCGGCCAGUACUAUCCCGCAACAGGCCAAUACGUGCCGCCGGGCGAAUAUGAUCCGGCAACCGGAAUCUUUACCCCCGGCCGGUACAUCCCGGAUACGAACAUAUUCCAAUCGGGCCAGUACGAUCCCUUGACGCAGAUGUUUACUCCCGGCCGCUACGAGGCAGACGGACAGUUUAUUCUGGAUCCUAACCAUCCUCCCCUGUCCCUGGCACCGAAUGGCACCGCUCCUGACGCUGUUGCUGCUAGUGUUCCCAAUCCCCCACCGGAAUCUGCAGCUUCACAAUUGAAAACCAACACGAGCGGGGCCAGUAUGCAAACCUUCUCGCUCCUAACAACCCUGGCGGCGUUGAUAGUUUCGGAAAGCUUCCGGCAUCUAAUGCGAUUCUAAGUGUGAGUCACCACUUCCAACGCUGGAUCGAUCGAUGAAUUUUGCUGGUUUAUUGCAAACAUAAAUUUCUACUUGCUCCCUCUUGUUUCUAGUCCUUGAAAUCGAUGAAUGAUGCGCAUUGCUUAUGGUUAUAGGAAAUCGAACAACCAAUAGUAUCUGGUUCAGCAGCCAAUGUGUCGGAUCGGCAUUUAAUAAGUGUAAUCUCUUGAAACAACUCAGAUGAACCCAGAUAAGAGGGAUAGAAAGACGUUAGAGCUUCAACAAAAUCACGUAUAGAGUUUUAUAUACACACACGUGCAAAACGAGUUUGCCACUUGGAAAUGAAACACCAGUACCAUUUAGCGCUUCGAUCACGUUAGCCUUGUUUAAUAUUCGUCUCACUAUGGUAAAAAGAAGAGAGUAUAUCCCCAUUUCCGUUUCCGAUCGAACCAUGACAUGGCCAACCUCAUAUUUUUACAACCUGCACCAGUAUUCUAAACGGUGGUGACUUUGUUGUCUCUCUACGAAACGCGUUAGGAUCCUUCCGCGCAAUGCAAUUAUCGAAGCAAUGUUAAUCAUUGCUGGUCCACUUCAUUCACGAUUUUAUAAAACAGAACCGAGAUUAAAUAAUACGCAUUUAACUGACGCUCCUAGGCUAACAUGUCUGAAGGCGUAGAGCUAUGUCCAUUAAAAUGAUGAAAAAAGCUUCUCUAUCUUUACACUCUUAGUCGCAGAUAGUUCAAGACUCAUGAAAAGUAUCUCGUUACAUUUUGACUGUAAUUAUAUAGCGACAGAAGACUUCUUUACUCUCUGAACAUGUUAAACCUAUUUACCCUACCGAAACAACUAACUUUACCUGCUAUCUUUCGGGAAUGUUGUGUCUUAGCGGAAUCGAACCAAUAGUAAAUGAUAUGAUACAGCUAAAUUUACAUCACGGUAGAUUGUAAGAGUAAUAGUUUUUGCGUCUAUUUGUAUCGAUGUUUCCACAGACAAAUCCAUCCGGAUUUGGUGGCGCCAAAUGGUAAAAGAGAUAUACUUUUAUGCAAACGUUCGGAUCGCAGGUGCAGUAUAUGAUCCCAAUAAUAAUCGGCGUAACAAUCAGUACCAGGCCAACACUAUUUCUCUAGAUUACAUUGACGUUUUACAGCGUUCAGUUGUUCGGGAGGUAUUUUGUAACUUGUAUUUUACUAUUGCAUGCAAUGCUUUUAAUCUAUAUCAGCGGCCACAUGGCCAGCUAACCAUGGCUGAGGAGCGUUAAUUUGUAAAUUUUGUAUUGGACUGUUUCUUUAUGGUUUACGGAUAAAGAGAAGGAACAAUGAUUGUGCUUUUAAAGCAACGUUAGGAAUGAGAUAAAAUAAGUGGAAGAUGAAAUAGCUUUUUUUAUUAAUUUCGGCAGCACUUUUUUCACCUAAUAUUUGUAGGAUGCAAAAAUUAAAUAAAAUUUUUAAUUGGAUGCAA